AUGGUUUGUAAAUCGUCCUCUCCAAUUAAUUUAUCAUUUUCUGGGUGUGGAUUUCUGGGUGUCUAUCACAUUGGUGUUAUUUGUGCAUUCAAGGAGCAUGCACCUGAAGUUCUGGAGAAUAAAAUGGCUGGAUGUUCAGCUGGUUCACUCGUUGCUGCUUGUGCAAUGAGCGGCUGUUGUCUUGGACAAAUGUGUAGUGAUGCACUGGAAAUAGCAAUACGUGCACGAAGUCGCGCAUUAGGUCCACUACAUCCAACAUUCAGUAUUGUUGAUAUCAUUCGAAAUGGUUUAAGAAGAAUUCUACCACCGAAUGCACAUGAACUAUGUUCCGGACGUUUGUACAUAUCAUUGACACGCUGGAAAGAUAAUAAAAAUGUUGUUAUCAAUCACUUUCAAACACGAGAAGAGCUAAUUCAAGUGUUAAUUUGUUCAAGUUUUGUUCCAUAUUGGUCCGGUAUUAUACCACACAAAUUUCGUGGAGAAUAUUAUUGGGAUGGAGGUUUAACAAAUAAUAAUCCAAUCAUUGAUGAAGGCACCAUCUUAGUAUCUCCAUUUGCUGGUGAAAGUGAUAUUUGUCCAAGAGAUGAAUCAGGAUCGUUUUACAGUGUCGAUUUUCGUGGUACAGAUAUUUCAUGCACACAAGAGAAUCUAUAUCGACUGACGCGAGCUUUAUUUCCUCCGAACCUAUCAGUAUUGAAACAGAUUUGUUGGCGUGGAUAUAUCGAUGGUUUGAAGUUUCUACAAACGAGAAACAUGGUUAUUUCGUCUCAUAUCAGUACAAAAACAACCAUAUCGUCUGUCCUUGGCGAAGAUUAUACCGAGCCAGUUAAUGAUGAUGAAAAACAGCUGGGUAAUGGUGGUAUUGCAGUCGACGCUCAUCAAAUGUACGAACAAUUAGAUGACGUUGAAGAAGAAUCGACGAAUGAUGAAUAUUCAGAUCAGGAAUCAUGUCAUUCCGAUGUAGAAUCGAACGUAGCAAGUAGCGAAGCAACAUUUAGUCCAUAUUGUGAGAAAGUGACACGAAAGAAAGAAUUGCCGACAUCACUGUUUGCUGUUUUUGCGGAUGCUAGACAAAAAGAAGAAGAUCCUAUACGACGGUACUUUACAGAUUCAAAAAUCUACAAAGUCUGGUCAUUCAUGGCCUUACCAGUCACAUUACCAAUUGAUCUGACUUAUACAAUGACGAAAAAAGUCCUAGGCGUUUUUCGUCCGUCAUCGAGUACAGUGGAACCAUCGCCAUCCAAUCGUGCGGUGAACUUUCUCUGGUCAUUCUUUGCAGACGAUAAUAAUGAUAAAUAUUGCUAUCAUGUCAACGAUUGUGAAUGUACGGAAAGUCGUGCAUCAUCAAUCGGAACUUCUUCGCAGCGUCCUCGUCAGCAUCGACAUCAUCGCCGUUCUCGGCAUCAUCAAUCAUCACGCUUAAAUCCUCGCCGUCCGAAUCCAAUUCUUCAACAUACAACAAGUGUCCCGAUUAGUUCGAUCACAUCGUACAAAUCCGAUUCUCCCAGUGACAAUGAAGACAUAUCAACGAUGAAUAACGACGACACACAUGAUCUAACGUCAGAUUUGAAUCUUUCUCAACCUCUACCGCCACCCGAUCUAGUUUCAUCGAACAAGCCAACAAGUUUAAGUCAAGAAUACUGUCAACAUUUACAACAAAUGGCGGAUUUAUCGAAUCAACAGCGAUACCAUGAACAGUCAUCAUCAUCUUCUACCAUGCCAUUUUUUGGUAAAGAUGAUCAUCUCAUGGAUACUGAAUGUAAUCCAUUACCAACGACUAUCUUAGAGAAAAAUGUUUUAUUUAAUUAA